AUGGGCAGAUUUUUUGAUGGUUGGAGCUAUUAUAAGGGUUCUCAUAAUGAGGGUAGAAUCUUGCUGGUUUGGAAGAGUAAUAUUUUGUUAGUGGAUAUUAUUCAAGAGAGUGACCAAUAUGUUCAUACUCUUAUUAAGGAGUCACAGUCAAAAAGGGAGUAUUGCGUGACAUUUGUUUAUGGGAGAAACACAGUUCUUGAAAGAGUUCAGUUAUGGCAGGAUUUAUCUUGCCUUAAAUUUCCUGUUGCUCCUUGGUUAAUGGCAGGAAACUUCAAUUCAAUUUUUAAGUAUGAUGACAGAUGUGGGGGUCGUCCAGUUGCUACCACUGAACUGAUCGAUGCUCAAAGAUGGAAAGCGUAUGGGUUGGCUGAUGAACUUAGAUCGAUUGGUUCUCACUUUACAUGGACUAAUAACCAAUCUGAUGGGGCUAGAAUUUACUCCAAAUUAGAUCGUGUUUUUAAAAAUGAAGAGUGGAUUGACCUCUUUCAGGCUUCGGUUGCUGUUAAACAAUGGGACAUAUUUUCAGAUCAUUGCUACUGCCUUAUUAAGGUAAUCCAGGAGGUAAAUUUUGGAUUUAAACCUUUUAGAUUUUACAAUAUGUGGAUGGAACAUGAAAGGUUCAAAGUUACUGUUAUGCAAAGUUGGACUAGACCAGUGGCUGUUCGGGGAUUUGAUGGUAUUUUGGUGAAGCUUAAGAGACUUAGCCACGUUUUGAGGCAAUUUAAUAAAUAUAAAAUAGGUGAUGUUGAGCGUAACUUUCAGAUGGCUAAUGAUAAUUAUAACCAGGCUCAAGUUCAACUUCAGCAAAAUCCUCAUUCUUCAGAAUUUCAAGCUGAGGAAAAGCAGGCAUUAGAUAAUCUUGUUCAGAAUUCCAGAUUGUAUGACAGUUUCUUGAGGAAAAAAAGCAAAGUCAAUUGGCUCAAAUUUGGGGAUGAUAAUACAACGUUUUUCCAUGCUUGUUUGAAACAGCGGAAGGAAGUUAAUCGAAUUGCCUCGUUUGUUUCUGAUAAUGGCCAGUUAGUUGAGAAUUAUGAGGAGGUUGUGGCUCACUUUUUAUUUCAUUUUAGAAGUGUUUUGGGCAGUCAAAGUAAGGCUUCGGGUUCUAUUCAUAAGGAUUGCUUUGUUCAUGGCAAUAUCCUUUCUUUAGAGCAUCAACUGGCUUUAAUAAAACCAUUCACUAAGAAGGAUGUUAAGAAUGCUAUGUUUAGCAUUGGGUCUAUCAAGAGUCUGGGUCCUGAUGGAUAUGGUUCGGGUUUCUUCAAAUCAAUGUGGAAUGAGAUUGGUGACGAUAUUUCAGCUGCUGUUUUGGGUUUCUUUCAACAAGGUAUCCUUCCUAAAGGCCUAAAUAAUGCUUUGUUGUCUUUGAUUCCUAAAGUUGCAAAUCCAACUAAGGAUGCCAUUCAUGCCACUCAGAGUAAAGACUUUAAAUUUCAUCCUAGAUGUAAAAAUUUGAAUUUGGUGAGUCUUUGCUUUGCGGAUGACAUGGUGAUUUUUUGCAAAGGAAAUAAUACUUCUAUUCAGAUUAUUCAGCAGUGUUUUCAAGCAUUUAGUGUUGUUUCUGGUUUAACAGCCAACUUGGAGAAAUCCCGAGUGUAUUUUGGUGGUUUAACUGAGACAAAGACCAAAGAUAUUCUAAAGGAUUUGCAUUUUGUUGAAGGUGAAUUCCCUCUAAAAUAUCUUGGUGUCCCACUGAGACCUACAAAAUGGAGAGGAGGGGACUGCGCUAAUAUAAUUCAGAAGAUUAAAUUGAAGCUACAUCAUUGGGCUAAUCGUCAUCUCUCAUUUGCUGGAAAAGCUCAACUUAUACACUCUGUUUUAUUGGGAAUUAGAGCGUUUUGGAUGAGUAUCUUUCUUCUCCCUAAGAGUGUAAUUGCUGAGAUUGAUCACUUAUGCAGGCGAUUUCUGUGGGAGACCAGCAGGGAAGGGGCCAAAUGGAAUAUGGUGCUUCUUGCAAAAUAUAUCUGGGCUGUUUCUACUAAACAAGAUAUUCUUUGGGUUAAAUGGAUUGAUGUUGUUUAUCUUAAAGGGCAAUCUAUUUGGGAGUACAAUCUUCAGACUAAUGUGAGCUGGUAUUGGCGUAAACUAAUUAAACUGAAGUCAGUCAUCAAUGGUGAGAUGUUAGAUAAAGCAAUGGUAAAUAACAAGUUGAAGACCAGCAAACUUUAUCUUCAGUUGGUUAACAAGGAAAGAGUUCCUUUUGCUCAUGUUGUUUGGUGCAAUUUGACCCUGCCCAAGCAUAGAUUUGUACUUUGGCAAGCUUCUUUGAGGCAUUUGUUAACCAGGGACAAUUUAUUAAGGUGUCAUCUGCAGCUGGCUUCUAUCCUCUGUCCAAUAUGUGAGUUACAGCAGGAGUGUCAUGAACACUUGUUUUUUCAGUGUCAGUUUUCUCAACAGGUGAGAAAUCGUGUAGCUGGUUGGCUGGGCAGAGAUGUCUGGCCUAUGCAUUAUCAUGGCUGGGUUGAGUGGAUAGUGGGGAAGCCGAAGGGUAUUCAGCAGAAAGUCUUAGCUGCUGGUUUAGCAACUUCAGUUUAUCUGGUUUGGUGGAACAGAAACCAGUGUUUAUUUAAUUACUUUUCUGUUUCUGUUAACAAGGCUGUUACUCAGGUGCAAAAUUGUUUAAAAGCUAGAGUUUCUAAUGUAUCUAAAGCUAAGCUGAAAAGUAAAAACUUAGUUUUUCUUGAAAAUCUUAAUCUCUUGUAA